ACGAGCCAAAGAAACAUUUGAUGUUACAGGAACAGCAAAAACAUCCUUCUGACAGAGAUGACAUUGCUCUCAAAGAAUUAGCAAAGUUCUUUAAGGAAUCAAGUGAAGAAGAAAGAGAGCAUGCUGAGAAGCUUAUGAAGUAUCAGAAUAUUCGCGGCGGUCCAGUGACACUGCAUCCCAUCACAGGUCCUCCCUCAGAAUUUACACAUGCUGAAAAGGGUGAUGCACUCUAUGGUAAGUUCUCAAUAGUCAUCUACCUUGAUUUUUCUCUGUUUUCAGAUUGAUAAAAAUAGUGCUAUUAGUUGUGUUCUGCAAUAUAAUUUAAUCUUAUUUUGUUCAAUCCAUUAUCUUAGUUGGGUGUUAAGCAAAAUCUUCCCUAACAAGAAUAAACAUCCCGGUUAUAUCUUUUGGCUUUUCAGGGAUGCCACCCGCAACUGCCACCAACAUUUCAAGCUGGCUAAUCACAAACGAUGGUGGCAAAAGUACAACUAUGUUCUAUCUGCAGCACUGGACGCAGGCACUGCUUUCAUCUUCUUUGCCCUGCAGAAUGCAGGCCAUAACCUAAAAUGGUGGGGAUCUGAGCUUGACUAUUGUUCAUUGGCUACUUGCCCAACUGCACCAGGAAUUGUAGUUGACGGUUGUCCAGUAUUCUAAUAGAUAGGCACAAACAACAAAU